AUGACGAUUUUGCUUUGCCACUUGGAAUAUCCUGUUAUACUAGCCUUUUGGGCCACUCUUCCCUCCCUCGAAGGUGUGAAUGCUAUGGGCACUUAUUUGCUCGAAGCAAUGAACCAAGAACGCGUUUCUGGCUAUGGCCCUGUCGACGAGCCGUCUUGGGUACCAACUUUCUUCGAUGAAUCGCCUCCUCACAAAGGUCAUCGCAUUUCCCGGGAAGAUUGGACCUUAACAUGCAGCAGCGAGGAAAGCGACUAUCCGUGUCAGAAUGCCAUCGACGGCUCCAACACCACUUCCUGGCGAAGCGGCCCUAUCAGCCAUCUCAAGGGCCACAUCAGCAUCACAGUUGACCUCAAGAACCACUACUCAGUCAGCGCCCUGGUCAUCCUGCCGCCGAUUGACACUGAGAAGGACGGGUUGAUCACUCACCACGAGAUCUGGGUCAGUAUGGACAACAAGAACUGGAAGGGUCCCAUCGCCUAUGGCAUGUGGCCCAACUCCAACAGACAGCGCCUGUCUGCUUUCGAGCCCACAUCUGCCCGAUACGUGAAGCUCACUGCCAACGCUGAAGCCACCGAGUCCUCAUGGAUUGGCAUCUCCGAACUGAACCUCUACGCCACUCUGUAUACCAUCCCUCGGGACCCCAAGAAUGGUCUCUGGGGACCGACCAUUGACUUCCCUGUCGUGCCUGUUGCUGGGGCUCAGGAGAAGUCUGGUAACAUCGUCCUUUGGUCAUCCUGGGCCUCGGAUCAGUUCCACUCCACACCUGGUGGUCAGACUGCAAUGGCCCGUUGGAACCCCUUCACCAAAGAGGUUUCCAAGCGUAUUGUCACCAACACCCAGCACGACAUGUUCUGCCCCGGUAUUUCCAUCGAUGGUACCGGCAUGAUGGUUGUGACUGGCGGCAAUGACGCCUCCCCGACCAGUCUCUACGAUGGUGAACUGGAUAAGUGGAUCAAGGGUCCUGACAUGCACCUCCGUCGUGGGUAUCAGGCUUCCACUACCCUCGCCGAUGGACGGGUUUUCGUCAUCGGUGGCUCUUGGGCUGGAGGCUCCAACAUCGCCAAAGAUGGAGAAAUCUAUGACCCUGCCACCAGGAACUGGACCAUGUUGCCCGGUGCCAAAGUCAAGCCGAUGCUGACGGAUGACAUGGAGGGGCCAUGGAGAGCCGACAACCACGGCUGGCUCUUCGGGUGGAAGAAGAACAGCGUCUUCCAGGCCGGUCCUAGCAAAGCUAUGAACUGGUACUACGUGGAAGGAGAAGGCAGCUUCAAGGGAGCCGGAGAGCGUGGCGAGGACGACGAUUCCAUGUCUGGCAACGCUGUCAUGUUUGAUGCUGUGAAUGGUAAGAUCCUCACCAUCGGAGGUUCGCCUGACUACGACAAGUCCUGGGCUACCAGCAACGCACAUGUCAUCACUCUGGGCGAACCAGGCCAAGAGCCAGACGUGCGGGCUGCCGGACAGGGGGGAAAGAUGCACUCCGAGCGCGUCUUCCACACCUCCGUCGUCCUUCCAGAUGGCAAAGUCUUCAUUGCCGGCGGCCAGACUUUCGGUAUCGCUUUCAACGAGGAGAACGUGCAGUUUGUGCCCGAGUUGUACGAUCCAGAGUCAAACACCUUCACCGAGCUCUCCCAGAACAACGUCGUCCGCGUCUACCAUAGCCUCUCCAUCCUGCUGCCCGACGGCCGAGUCUUGAACGCCGGCGGCGGUCUCUGCGGCAACUGCUCCGCCAACCACUACGACGCCCAGAUCUUCACGCCGCCCUAUCUCCUGACAGAGAACGGUGAAGAGCGAUCCCGUCCCGAGAUCACCACCAAACUGCCCGAUACCAUCGAAGUCGGAGGGAAACUGAAAUUCCACACCAACCGCCGCAUCGCAUCCGCCUCCUUGGUCCGCCUCUGCAGCGCUACCCACACCGUCAACACCGACCAGCGUCGUGUUCCUCUCCAUUUCAGGAGGCGUAUGCCGGUGUUCGGUCGCUACCAUGUACACAUCCCCAAUGACCCCGGCAUCGUCAUCCCUGGGUACUGGAUGCUGUUUGUCAUGGAUGAGGCGGGCACACCCAGCAUUGCGAAGACAAUCAUGAUCACUUCCAACGUGAAGACAAUUGGAGGAGCGAGCGAUGAGCAGACGCAAUAUUCCUCGUCGCGGAUGAGGUUCCAAAUUGAGUUGGCGAAAUGA